GUUCAGGUUGGUCCCUCAUAGCCACGAGGCAACUUGCGCUCUUCCAUGUCACACAGCGAUUAAGGCACUUGCUAAGGCAUUCUGGUGCGUCGAUUCGAUCGUCUACCUUGAGGCUGGUCCGAGGCGCAAGUUGAGGCAACCUCGAAACGUGGUUUGCACUGCGCAGGGUUUCCUCAAGCGUUACAUCACGAUAAAGUCUUCAAUCCCACCGCCUGACGGUAUGGCAAAAACACAAACUUGUCCACGAUGUAACAUAGUCGUCGCCAGAGCCAAUUUUAACAAGCAUUUGAAGGACAAUCAUCCCAUCAUGUGCAAGCGAUGUGGUCGUAAAUAUGCCUUGCAGGAACACUUGGACUCGCACUAUCGUGACGCAGAUGCUGAUAUUCAUCCAAAGUGCAAACCCUGCCAGCUAGGAUUCAAAGGACAAUCCGAAUUGGACGUUCACAAUAGUUCCACACACGCACGUCUUGUGACUCCGCCUGUCGCUGCGCCAUCGCCUAAAGUCCUUCCACCUUCCUUUUCUGGACCAUCAAAGCUCUCUUCCAGAGUGGAACCGGCCUUGAGCAAAGUCGGUUCAGUAAUCCGCGAAUCGGAGUCUCCGAUAACCCCCACUCCGCUUACAGUCCCACGAGAGGUUCUAGAGGUUCUGUCGGAGAGCAAGAAGCGUGCCGAGGACCAUCCACCGGUGUCUCCGCACACGGUUGAAGACCAAAUCGACGAUACCUACUCGGUAGUGUCAUAUCUCACGAGCCGCACCCCAUCCCCUCUUCCGCUGCGCGCGGAAUCAGAAAGGGCUCAAGACCAAUGGGCUGGCUUCGACGACUCAGCCCCCGGGUUAUCACUCGACGAUCCUGAUGCUCUUCUAUAUGAUAUCUCUCCGGAUACAAACAGGAGCAGGCAGGAUGAGCAACCCGGACAAGACAGUCAUUCAAACCAGCCGAAUGAUUCUGGCCACGCCUCGACUAGCUCGACUCUGCGUACUGACGAGCCGCGACAUGAGAAUGAAGACCAGCAAUUACCCCCCACCUCUCCACAUGUUGAAGCGAACAAACAAUCUUCGGCGGGUAGGGCUUCACCGGGAAGUCCAGUCGCCCCUGUAUCUAACCACGCCGAUCCUGCGGUGAGGUUCUGCCGCAGAGAUCCCUGCGUAGAGGUCACCGCAACUGUGUGCGGCCACAUCUUCUGUAACAAGUGA